AGCGUCGCAGGAAUGUCACUGAAAAUCUACUGAAAUAAAUAUCCGUCGAAGGAGAGACAGAGAGACAGAAAGAGAGACAGCGAGAGGGCCAAAAGCAUCCGCGACCCUCUGAUGUGAAGGCACUCGAGAUCUUCCGAGAUGAGGCAUCUAGUCACAGCAUCCCUGUUGCUCCUGGCGGCCGUGGGGUGGCGUAUGGGCGUGCGUGGGCGUCCCCAGGAUAUGAGCGCGGAGGACACCCACAAGCGAUACGUCUUGGCAGAACCACCCAGGCGAGAGGCUGAACAGAGGAACUUCAGCUUCUGGGGGAGAGGCGGAGGAGGAGGGUCUGCCGAGCGCCGUCCUAAUCUCCCGUGGCAGACGUCGCCGAGGACCCCGACCCACAAGCAGCGCCCCCCGCAGCGGCACAACCUGCGGGUGCACUCCUUCCAGAGCACCUUCCCCUUCGAGUCGGAGGUGCGCGGCGAGGGCUAUCACUCUACCAUCCGCUUCGACCCCUUCGGCAGCUCCUUGCCCCCGCAGAGCAGCCACUACCCGAAGAGCCAGACGUACGGCAACUGGGGGACGACGCGACGCCCGAGACCCGUGGCGUCGGCGGAGAUCCCAGGGCCUCCUCCGGUCCCUAGCCCGUCGGCCUACGCCAGCGCCGAAGCCUACAGCAGCGGCGAGAGCUCUGGUCGUCUGCCGCUGGCGCCGACGCAGUUCCCGAGGGCCUUCCCUGACCCCUCGAUCCGGGCGUCGAUUCAGAACACCAGGUACCCGAGGCCGCCGCCCGCGCGCCCGUUCCUCAACCCGGGGAACUUAGCGGGGCUCCUCGAGGGGGACAGCUUGGGGGAUGCCAUACACCCGAUCUCCGGCCCGGCCGACCUCACCACCGACGCCACGCCCCUGUCGCCGUCCGCGUCCAGGGAGGUCGUCUCGGGCCGCCCCUCGCGCGAAGACGUCGACAUCGACUAUCCCAGCGUUGCCAACGUGUUCGACGACCGCCCGAGCCAACCUCGCGGCGAGCAAAUUGCCGCGAAUGAAGCUAAUAGCGAACCACGGCACGAAGCUCCGGAUCACAACGAAGCCAAUAACGAACCCCAACACGAAGCUCGGAUCACAACGAAGGUAAUACCGAACCCCAACACGAAGCUUCGGAUCACAACGAAGGUAAUACCGAACCCCAACACGAAGCUUCGGAUCACAACGAAGGUAAUACCGAACCCCAACACGAAGCUUCGGAUCACAACGAGGCCGACCACAACUCUUCGGCCGGAAUUGCACCCGAAGCGUCAAUUGAGGUUGCCGUUUCGACCCCGCUCCCUCUCCUGCCGCCGUUGAAGACCAGGGACAGAACCCCGACCCGUCCCAGGAGUCCUUCGCAGACCAUCCUCUCACUCCUGAAGGAUCCAAGGUCGAAGCAGCGCAUGACUACGACCCCGAUUACUAUGAUAACUUGUACG